AUGUUGAAGCUUCUCUCUUCUUCUUCUUCAUCGUGCCUACAAGGUUUGGGCCCUAAAUUGGGCCUCCGGGCCGGGUCACCCGAAAUUUCGUCGCCGUUGCUCCGGGUUCUGAGCUCGAUAACUGGCCGGAAUCGGCCCAAUAUGGCUCGCCGGGCGUUUUUUUGCUCGGAUGCAAGCGACGGCUCCGAUCAGGUGGUUGAGGUGGAGGCCAAGGCGGCGGGGAGUGAUGGUGAGGCUGAGGCUAAGGCUUCUUCAGCUAUAGUGUCCACAAACCCUAGACCAGAAGAUUACCUAACGGUUUUAGCUUUGCCAUUGCCGCAUAGACCACUCUUUCCAGGGUUCUACAUGCCAAUAUAUGUGAAGGAUCCGAAACUGCUAGCGGCUUUACAGGAAAGCCGGAAAAGGCAAGCUCCAUAUGCUGGAGCUUUUCUGGUGAAGGAUGAGCCGGGGACUGAUCCAAGUUUGGUGUCAGGUUCUGACACGGAGAAAAGCAUAUACGAGUUAAAAGGGAAAGACUUGUUUAAUCGGUUGCAUGAAGUUGGUACGCUUGCGCAGAUUUCUAGCAUCCAAGGAGACCAAGUAGUGCUUAUUGGUCAUAGGCGGCUACGGAUUACAGAGAUGGUUGACGAGGAUCCACUGACUGUAAAAGUUGACCAUCUCAAGAAUAAACCAUAUAACAAGGAUGACGAUGUCAUAAAGGCUACAUCUUUUGAGGUUAUAGCAACCUUAAGAGAUGUUCUGAAGACUAGUUCUCUUUGGAGAGAUCAUGUUCAAACAUACACUCAGCAUAUAGGUGACUUCAAUUUUCCGAGGUUAGCUGAUUUUGGAGCUGCAAUAUCUGGUGCAAACAAAUUGCAGUGCCAGCAAGUGCUUGAAGAGCUAGAUGUGUACAAGCGUUUGAAUCUCACACUAGAGUUAGUGAAGAAAGAGAUGGAAAUCAGCAAGCUUCAGGAAACUAUUGCAAAAGCGAUUGAAGAGAAGAUAAGCCGUGAGCAACGCCGCUACUUGUUGAAUGAGCAGCUUAAAGCCAUAAAGAAGGAGUUGGGAUUAGAGACAGAUGACAAAACAGCACUUUCUGCAAAGUUUAGGGAGAGGCUUGAACCAAACAAGGAUAAAUGUCCACCUCAUGUUUUGCAAGUUAUAGAAGAAGAGCUUACAAAAUUACAGCUGUUGGAGGCCAGUUCGAGUGAAUUUAAUGUGACACGUAAUUACCUAGAUUGGUUGACGUCAAUACCCUGGGGAAAUUACAGUGAUGAGAACUUUGAUGUUGUCCGGGCUGAAAAAAUUCUUGAUGAGGACCAUUACGGAUUAAAUGAUGUAAAGGAAAGGAUAUUGGAAUUUAUUGCUGUUGGAAAACUCAGAGGAAUCUCACAAGGAAAAAUCAUUUGUCUCUCUGGCCCUCCUGGAGUUGGCAAAACCAGCAUUGGUCGUUCAAUUGCACGUGCAUUGAAUCGCAAUUUCUUCCGAUUUUCUGUUGGAGGGUUAUCUGAUGUUGCUGAAAUCAAGGGACAUCGCCGAACCUAUAUUGGUGCUAUGCCAGGAAAGAUGGUUCAAUGCCUUAAAAAUGUUGGAACAGCUAACCCUCUGGUCUUGAUUGAUGAGAUCGACAAGUUGGGAAGAGGACAUGCUGGUGAUCCGGCUAGUGCUUUGUUGGAGCUCCUAGAUCCAGAGCAAAAUGCCAAUUUUCUAGAUCAUUAUCUGGAUGUUCCAAUUGACCUAACCAAGGUUCUAUUUGUUUGUACAGCAAAUGUUAUCGAGAGUAUACCAGCUCCUCUCUUGGAUAGAAUGGAGGUCAUUUCCAUUGCUGGGUAUAUCACUGAUGAGAAAAUGCACAUUGCUAGGGACUAUUUGGAGAAGACGACACGUGAGGCGUGCGGCAUUGAACCUGAACAGGUUGACAUGACCAAUGCAGCUCUUCUUGCUCUAAUAGAAAAUUAUUGUCGAGAAGCGGGUGUUCGGAACCUUCAAAAGCACAUAGAAAAGAUCUACCGCAAGAUAGCUUUGCGACUUGUAAGACAAGGACGGUCAGAUGAACCUGCAAAUGCUGACGAAGUACAAACUCCCGCCAGUAAGACUGAUCAGCCAGAUGAACCUGCAGUUGUUGCUGAUUCUGAUGAUGCCAAAGUAGAAGAUACUGCUAGUGAUAAACUAACUGCAGAUGAGUCUGCACAGGGUAAAGGUCAUGAACAUGAUACUGAAACCUCUGUGGGCAGUGCUGUCCCAGAUGAUACUGCAGCUUCUGAAGUUCAGGAUUCAGAAGAAACUCAGAAAAUUCAGGAGGGUAAAACGAAAAAACCAGUUGAGAAAGUGUUGGUUGAUGAAUCAAACUUGGGUGACUUUGUUGGCAAACCAGUUUUUCAUGCUGAUCGCAUCUAUGAACAGACUCCGGUUGGGGUUGUCAUGGGUCUUGCUUGGACUGCCAUGGGUGGUUCCACACUGUAUAUAGAGACCACUCAAGUUGAGGAAUUAGAGGGGAAAGGAGCGCUUCAUGCUACUGGUCAACUUGGAGAUGUUAUGAAAGAAAGUACACAAAUAGCUCACACUGUGGCCAGAGCAAUAUUGCUCGAGAAAGAGCCAGAGAACACUUUCUUUGCCGAUUCCAAGCUUCAUCUCCAUGUGCCUGCAGGGGCCACACCAAAGGAUGGGCCAAGUGCUGGUUGCACCAUGAUCACAUCCAUGCUGUCCAGUGCCAUGAAGAAGCCUGUUAAAAAGGACUUGGCCAUGACAGGGGAAGUAACACUAACUGGCAGGAUCCUUCCAAUUGGCGGAGUGAAGGAGAAGACAAUAGCAGCAAGGAGGAGUGGAGUGAAGACCAUCAUAUUCCCUGAAGCCAACAGGAAGGAUUUUGAUGAGCUUGCAGCUAAUGUAAAAGAAGGUCUUGAUGUUCACUUUGUAAACGACUACAACCAGAUAUUCGCUUUGGCUUUCGAUGAUGACCAGAACCAAGAAAAAUAAGCGAAGUCUCCGCACUAGUCCUCAAGAGAGAACUUAAAUUGUCAUACAUCAUUUGGCUGUGACCCCCAUGUCAGGACCUUGCUGGUAUACAUCAGGAGAGUCCUAAUCCGAAAGAUGCAGUAGAGCUGAGAUAUAUCAAUUGAUGGGGGUGUGAUAUACAUUUAAUUUAUUCAGUUACCUCAUUAUACCUGUAAAAUUGGAUCACUCAUUUGCCCCAUUUUUGUAACAUAGCAUUGUUCUUCACCAGAAUAUUGACUGUCGAGGCGCAAAAAAGAUGAGGUAAAACAAUUCUUGGAGUUGAUUCGAUAAUACAUCUCAAUAAAGAUUAGUCCUUUUCAAAAACUGG